AGCUUGGCAUGGGGGUUGCCAAGUGGCGGUGUGCCACCCCAUUGUCAACGUGGGGGAGUUUCGCAUAAUUGUUCUUUGUGAUUCAUAACCAUCAUCUAGUGUCUAUAGAACAAUCACCCCUUUCGCAAUCAGUAGCACUCUCUAUUAGUCCCAAAAACAUGGAGGAAAUUUGGAAGUCUGCCUGCAAGAAAAUUCAGAUUCCCGACUCGACCGCUACUAGUUGGUUAGCAAAAAUAAAGGCGCGAAUGUCCUCGGACUCGGGGAGAAUUUUUCACAAUUGGAGUGAUAUCGUUGAGUCUAAGGCUCCUUACCUCGGGAAUGUAAAUGAGUUGCUAGUGUUUGCCGUGUGCUUCCAAUACUUUGAAUUUGACGUGAAAAAAGGAUGCGCUGAAGAGAAUUGCAAAGCGUUUCGUGAGUUUUGCAGUGAAGCAGGAUACAAAGAUGAAACGAAUAUAAAGAAAAUAGAAAGACUCCUAGGUAACGAGAAUGUUGAACCUUACGAUGGAUUUGAACAGGAUAUGCAAAUACUACAGGAUUUGGAUUUAAUUGUUUUGGGGCUUCCUGAGGAUGAAUACAAAAACUACACUCAACUUGUGCGAAAGGAAUAUUCCCAUUUAAGUGAUGUUAGCUAUAAGAGUAUGCGCUUAAAAAUUUUGCAAACUUUCCUCACGAUUCCAACGAUUUACGCUACCGAUACUUUUAGGGAGAAGUUCGAAGAAAAGGCUCGUUUUAAUAUUAAAUCGGAAAUUGAGGAUCUUAAAAAGUAAUGCUCAUGAAUACGAAGGACAUGUUUGUGAACUUCUAGCCAAUCGAAGCCAAGCACAAUUCAAAAACUAUUUAUGUAGCAUCGUAAUCAGAAGUUUCAUUAAUCCGGAAUUAAUAAUUUAUUAACAUUUUAAGCAGUUUUUUGAUGAUAUGUGAUAACAAAUGAUUAUAUCUGACCAUUCUAUGUUCCAAGUUCCCAUGCAAAUAUAUUCGAUGGACAUAUAUUUUAAAUAGAA